AUGAAGCUCGCAACCGGCCUCCUCACCCUCGCCCUGACCUACAGCGCCUUCGCCGAACCAAUCCCAACCAAGAAGCGCGCCCUCGCCGACUACACCGACAUUUUCUCCGGAAUCAGCGCCCAAGUCGCCGCGGUAGCCGACAGCGUCUCCGCAUACGUCGGUGGCUCCUCGAACGCCGACGCCGUCCAGAGCGCAUCCGACCAGCUCGCGACAACGAUCAACAACGGCGCGUCCGCGAUCCCGGGCUUCGACCCGCUCCAGAACGCCGACGCCCUUGCGCUCGUCAGUCCCAUUCAGGAUCUGACGUCCGACGUCAGUGGCCUUGUCGAUGCGGUCGUGGGGGCCAAGUCGAACUUUGAUGGCGAUGGGCGCUCCGGCGAUGUGCUGAGCUCGCUGCAGGAUCAGCAGGCGGCCGCUGAGGCGCUGAGAGAUGCGAUUACGCCCAAGGUGCCCGAUGCCCUGCAGGGGAUUGCGGGUGACUUGGCGAAUGGGAUUGUUUCGGAGAUUCAGCGGGGGGUUUCUGCGUAUUCUGCAUAA